AAUGUUUUCCUUCCUUAGGGCAAGGGCCUCAAGCAGUACAGUCUGUAUUCAACUCACUAUGUAACGGAGGUCACCCCUGAACUCCUGAUCCUCUAUCUCUGCCUGCCAAGCUCUGGGUUAUAGUAUCAUACACUAGGAUGAUUCACUUUUGGAAUAUCCAUUCAUGAUGACACUAAAUCAAUUCUAUGUGAGGAAACAAAACCCAAAUAUUCUCCAACAGGAAACAGUAAGGAAACCUGGUGGUAAACAGCACAGGUUUUGCUGUCAGAGGAGUCCUGCUUCUUGAAUUCAAGCCACUGUUGGUUUGCUGUGCAGCCCUCAGCAAUCUACUAAUUCUCUAAGCCAUUCACUUCUUUGUCUACCUGUGUCAAUUCUUCUCCCCUUUAGAAAACCAUUGUAGGGAUGAAAUGAGGGGACCAUGUAAGAUUUCUUUCAACAUACACCACAUUCUGUUUGAUGGAAUGUUAAAUAUUUUUUGUUCUAUUCUAUAAGUGCCAAAAAUUGUGCCAAUGUCCAGGGAUCAAAAAAGAUAACCACGACACAGGAAGCAUAUUGUGGUUUAAAAAGUACUUUAUUUUCCAAUUACACAAAUCUGCAUUUCUGUUACUAUAAAUAAAUCUGCAGUACUGGAUACAAUGAAGUGUCUAAUAAUCAGGACUGGAUUCGGAGGAUAAAUAACAGUCAAGUUUAACUGUUCUCUAGUAGGCUACACAUUAGAUGAUCAUAAAUGAAAGAUCUAAGGAGAAGUGAUGGCAAUACCACAUAACAGAGAACUCUUGAGCAGGACAAACCCUAAGCGCUCAUAUGAAUUCAAGAAUUGAGUCUGGGUCCCAACUCUGAGAGGUAACAGGUAACUUAUCUCGACCCCAGGUCAUAAUAACAUAGACAUGUGUCUGUUUUACACAUCUCCUAGGAUAGAUGUGAUCCAAUGAAAUCACAGGACAAUGUUAUCUUCAGUUAAGAAAACAUGAGACACACAAUGACUUCUGGCACCAAUUAGGUGACAAGGCCAAUGGCAGGGAAAGCGACUAGGAAGUAAACAGCAUCUGAGUCGGUUGAGUGUUUAGGAUUUUCACAUUGAAAGUAGCGGCGGGUUCGAGCUAUGCAGGCGUUGUUGAGGGACUGUAUUGCAAAGCUGAGCCUCCAGGGCCUGGAACCAGCGAGGUAGGAGCAGCUUCUUACCAUCUCAACCUAGACACUCAGUCCCCUCAAGUGAGGAGCCAGCAGGGCAACAGCAGCUGUCUGCCAUCAGCCCAGACGCCUAGUCCCUUCAAGUACAGACCCAUCAGAGGAACAGUGGCUAGCUGCCAUCAAUCCCAUCCCUCAGUCCCAUCCUUCAGGUGAGGCGCCGCGGGCCAGCAGGAUUCGUUCUCAAGGGUCCCCAAUGCCUUCCCUCAGACCGGGACACUGCUGCACUCAUGCCGCUUUGAACCUCCGCAGAAGCCAGUGGCGCACGGCCUGUUACUUACAGGCCGCUCGCGGACGCACACCUAAAGGGAGUUCGCCAAGGCUCUGGGCACCCCAGCUCUUCACGCUCUAGGAACUGGACUUUCGCUUCAGGUAAUAGCACCAACACCUGAAUUCCCUCAGGUAAGAAACAGAAGGAUACCCGUCAGACAGGCAGGCAAGGAGGCCGAGCUUGGGGCGGGGCGCCCGCAGGACACGCCCCCAGCAACGGGCUCUGGCCGUGGUCCACCCCUUCCGGCCUGCUUUUUUUGGUCGCCACCACAGCCUGCUGCGCGGCCCCUGCUUUUCCUAGGCAGCUGAUCCGCUUCCGGCCUCGCGGCGCGCAGGCGCAGUUGCCGAGUGUUUCGACAGCUCCGGCCAGGAAGGAGCUUCGGGCGCGAGAGUGGGCAGCGCGCCGCCUAGUGAGUGCUGUCAUUAUGGCGAACCUGGGAAGCGAGGCCGAGAGGGAGCCCCUCCUGGGCACUGGCUCGCCCGGAAGCAGAGAAUGGGGCAUGAUAGAAACCCAAGAGCAUUACAAGAGUAGAUGGAAGUCUGUGAGGAUUCUCUACCUUACUAUGUUCCUCAGCAGUGUGGGUUUUUCUAUUGUGAUAAUGUCCAUCUGGCCAUAUCUUCAAAAGAUUGAUCAGACAGCUGAUGCAAGUUUUUUGGGCUGGGUUAUUGCUUCAUAUAGUCUUGGCCAAAUGGUAGCUUCACCUCUAUUUGGCUUAUGGUCUAAUUAUAGGCCAAGAAAAGAACCUCUUAUCGUCUCCAUCUUUAUUUCGGUGGCAGCCAAUUGCUUGUACGCAUAUGUCCAUGUGCCAGCUGCUCAUAAUAAAUACUACAUGUUGAUUGCUCGUGGAUUGGUCGGAUUCGGAGCAGGAAAUGUAGCUGUUGUCCGAUCAUACAUUGCCGGUGCUACUUCCCUUCAGGAAAGAACGGGUGCCAUGGCUAAUACGAGCACAUGCCAAGCCCUGGGCUUUAUUCUGGGUCCAGUUUUUCAGACUUGCUUUGCACUCAUUGGAGAAAAGGGUGUGGCAUGGGACAUCAUCAAGCUUCAGAUCAACAUGUACACAGCUCCAGUUUUACUUGCAUCCUUCCUGGGAAUUCUAAACAUUAUUCUGAUUCUUUUUAUAUUAAGAGAGCAUCGUGUGGAUGACUUGGGACGUCAGUGUAAGAGUGUCAAUGUUCCAGAAGAAAAUGCAGAUGAACUUCAGAUUCCUGAAGGAAGUAUUGAUCAAGUUGCUGUUGUGGCCACCAAUAUUGUGUUUUUUGUGGUUUUGUUUAUCUUUGCUGUUUAUGAAACAAUCCUCACUCCAUUAACGAUGGACAUGUACGCCUGGACCCAGGAGCAGGCUGUGCUCUAUAAUGGAAUAAUCCUUGUUGCUUUUGGAGUUGAGGCAGUUCUUGUUUUCAUGGGUGUUAAAUUACUUUCCAAAAAGAUUGGCGAGCGUGCUAUUCUCCUGGGAGGAUUCGUGGUUGUAUGGGUCGGCUUCUUUAUCUUGUUACCCUGGGGAAAUCAGUUUCCCAAAAUACAGUGGGAAGAUUUACAUAACAGCUCAACCCCUAAUACUACAUUUGGGGAAAUUAUUAUUGAUCUUUGGAAUUCUCCAAGAGAAGAUCACAGUGAACAGCCAACUGGAUGCCCAAUUGAACAGGCCUGGUGCCUAUACACCCCAGUGAUUCAUCUGGCCCAGUUCCUGACAGCUGCUGUGCUAGUUGGAAUAGGCUAUCCAGCCUGCAGUGUCAUGUCCUAUACAUUAUACUCAAAAGUUCUAGGACCCAAACCUCAGGGUAUAUACAUGGGCUGGUUAACCACUUCUGGAAGUGCAGCACGGAUUCUUGGGCCUGUGUUCAUCAGCCAUGUGUACACUUACUUGGGCCCACGAUGGGCAGUCAGCCUUGUGUGUGGAAUAGUAGCGUUCACCAUCUUGCUAAUAGGAGCUGUUUACAAAAGACUCGUUGCCUUUUCUGUCAGAUAUGGGAGGAUCCAGGAGUAAGUUAGCAGUCUAUGCUGGGUACUUGCUGCCUACUGUCUUCAACUGAACAUUGAAUAAUUUGACUUUGAAUAGUAGGAUGUGUAAAAACAUUCUCGGUCAUAAUCUCCUUAUCAAAGGUAAACUGUUUUCAUAUCAUACCUUACUGGAGUCCCAUGAACGAGUCCCAUGAACUCAACAGUGAAUGGAUAAUGGUCUGUAGGUAUGAAACUACACUCAAUAUUAACUGUACAAAGUUCUAUAUUAAUUAACCAGACACAACAUUUAGUUUAAAAAAAUGUUUCAUUUUUUUAAACAAAAAUAUUUUUUCAUGAAAGUUUUUUAAGAUAAAAAUGCAUUAUUAUUAAGCUUCCGAAUGAAAUAAAAUGAGCCUUAAAUUGUUACAGCCUGCUCACAACCAGAUUAGGCUUUAGGUUUUCUUUCCUGCCCAGGGUGAAUCUAGUUUAUUACCUCCCCCUCAAAACUUGUAAUUCACACAUUGACCUUUGUCUAUUUUUUUUUUUUUUUUUCGGAGCUGGGGACCGAACCCAGGGCCUUGCGCUUGCUAGGCAAGCGCUCUACCACUGAGCUAAAUCCCCAACCCCAACCUUUGUCUAUUUUUAUUUUGAUAAUUAACCUGAGCAAGCAUGAUGCUAAUGUUUGAGGAGUAAAAAGGUGAACGAGACAAGGUGGUUUUUACUCCCUUCAGAAGGUCUACCUUCUGAAGUGCUAGUUUCAUAUUAAUAAUCAUAUUUAAAAAACACUAACUUAUGUUUCUAAUAGCAAGUGGAUUCUUAAAAUUACUAUUUUUCAAGUUCUUUAAACUCUAGUGCAAACUCUGACCUUUGAAUGCCCCUUGUCAGUAAUGACAGAGAAGAAUAGCAGUUUGCAACCUACCUGUAGACCCAGUCACAGCAGCAGAGCUGAAGUUGGACCAUGAUUGCUCUCGGGCAGUCUCAUCUCAUCAGGUGAGACUUGAAGCAGAAUGGCCAAAGGUGACUACUGAUCAAACUAGUUUCUACCUCUGUGUGAAUGGAACACUGGUAUGUGUACGGGAAUCUGUAAAACAUGCAGAAGUGCUUUCCUGUCUUGUUAUCAUGGUUUCAAAUCUGAGUGUGAACAUAAUAUUCUCCACCUCAUACUCUGGUCUGCUGAAGCUAUUAGCACCACGUGAUGGCAGCAUUUUGCUUCAGUUUGUUUUGUCAUGCCCUGGACGUCCUCUUGUCCUCUUACCUGCUGUUCUGUAUUUCCUUUCCUCUUUUGGGUCACUGCUGACUUUAAAUUCCACCUUUGUGUGGUAUGCCCAGAGAUAAAAGAAUGAUAACCUGAAAGAACAAGAGCACUCCACGUUCCUGUGUAAUACACAGAAGUUCCUCACAGCAAGCUUAGAGCUGAAGAUAAGAGCCUCACAGCAAGCUUAGAGCUGAAGAUAAGAGCCCGACCCAUGAUGUAUAUGAAGGAUACAAGUCACUUGUCUUCAAGGCUAUCUCGUGACUGCUGCACUUCCUCAGAACAAGAAAAUUGGCCUGAACACUAACAGUUGCUUAACUGUGAGGAACCAUUUCCACUUGUGACUCAGAUUUGCAGAAAUAGUUGGGAAAAAAAUUAAGAGUGCACUGAGUGAAGAAGGCUUUAUCUUAGCAUAUAUGUUCUCAGCAAGAACAUGACAGACAUUUCCCAGCCCUAUAAUUUUAAUACUGCAGUUCAGAAGACUACAACCCAGCAAAAUGACUGCACUGUCUUUUUUACCAAGGCACUCGCUUCCUGGGAGAUUAGACUAACAUCACCUCAUCACCAAAGUGAGGGCACUGAGAGGUACAGGGAAAGCAGCUGAGAGGUAAACACUGUUAAUAAUGUACAUUAAAGGAGUAAAAAAAGAGUAAAAGAGGAAGGUGGCUUUAUUUUUGAAAACCUAACAAGGGAUUAUUUCCUUAUUUUGAAUGUACUGUCACUUCAUAAAGCAUCUCUAGCCAUUAUACUUCCCUAUUUAAAACAAGUUCUUUUCUCUUAUGAAAAUAAAAUAAACUUGUGAUUUUUAAUUUAAUGAAGAGAAAUUACUAUUUGGAUCUGGCUACCAUUUAUUGUUGAAGAUUUAUUUGUAACUUUAUUGCAUUGUGAGUAUUCAUUUCAAAUAAAGCAAGACUGUAAGCA